GGCAGGAGCCGCCGGCGCGCUCCUCGCGCCGUAGGGUGCGGGAGGCUGUGAGCCGCAGCAGCACCGGGAGCCUCAGGGGCAAGGGAGACGACGGGGCUAGGGGGUGGGGGCGCUGCCGCCUUCGGGGCGUCGCCGGCCUCCGCCCCUUUGUUCUCGCGUGCUCCCCCUAGCCGCCCACUCCCCUGCUGUCGUGCAGCCGCGGUGGCGGCGGCUCCUCCCGCCCGAGGCAGUGGGGCUCGGUGCCGGGGGCGGGGGGUGGGCGGGAGGAGCGCGCCAGCCGCUGGGAGUGGGGGGCGAUGGCGAAGCUCCGGGUGGCUUACGAGUACACGGAAGCCGAGGACAAAAGCAUCCGGCUCGGCUUGUUUCUCAUCAUCUCCGGUGUCGUGUUGCUCUUUAUCUUCGGCUUCUGCUGGCUCAGCCCCGCGCUGCAGGAUCUGCAAGCCACAGCGGCCAACUGCACGGUGCUGUCGGUGCAGCAGAUCGGCGAGGUGUUCGAGUGCACCUUCACCUGUGGCGCCGACUGUAGGGGCACAUCGCAGUACCCCUGCGUCCAGGUCUACGUGAACAACUCGGAGUCCAACUCCAGGGCGCUGCUGCACAGCGACGAGCACCAGCUCCUGACCAACCCCAAGUGCUCCUAUAUUCCUCCCUGUAAGAGAGAAAAUCAGAAGAACCUGGAAAGUGUCAUGAAUUGGCAACAGUACUGGAAAGAUGAGAUUGGUUCCCAGCCAUUUACUUGCUAUUUUAAUCAAUUCCAAAGACCGGAUGAUGUGCUCCUGCAUCGCACACAUGAUGAGAUUGUCCUCCUGCACUGCUUCCUCUGGCCCCUGGUGACAUUUGUGGUAGGCGUUCUCAUUGUGGUCCUGACCAUCUGUGCCAAGAGCCUGGCAGUCAAGGCAGAGGCCAUGAAGAAGCGCAAGUUCUCGUAGAGGGGAGUGAACACGUGGAAAGCAAAGCACAGAAGCUGCACCCGUCGGCACACAUCUACCUGCAGAGCCUGCUUCCGGCGCAGGAGAUGGAAGGGGCUGUGAGAGGCUCAGAGAGGCUCCUCCCUCCAUGGCAGCAGCAACAGGCACAAGUGGGAGACUUGGAACCUCAUAGGUUUUAUUCUGUGUGUCAUAGGGAUGGCUAAAGGGUCAAGCUCUUAGCUGUAUGGAGUAAGUUUCAGAAAAUCCAAUCAAAUGUUAGUUUUCUUUGGAAAGUAGCAGUAUAUAAUUGUACAGUGUAGUAUACAAAUCAUUAUGAUUUAUGGUAUUUAAAAAUAUUAAAAGAGAGUGGUCUGUGUUCUUUUCUAUUUCCUUUUUUAUCCUUAAAACACCAGGGUUCAAAAUAAAGGUCUUUUGGGUUUCAUUGAUUCAGACUACGCUCUGACUUGGGGACGAGGCUUCCUGCACAAGUCUUGGCCCCACUGUGUGCCCCCCACUUCCCAUGACCAGAGUGCUGUUGGACUCCUGCUUAAAAAAGGAACACAGCACUGUUCCCUUGGUCUCCAGUCACUUGUGUGACUCCUCAACCCAGGAUGCUCAAAGAUUGGGAAACAUACCCUCCAACACUGGCCUCUGCCUACCCCUUCUUUUUCACCAGGUUAUUUAAGAGGACUGAUUCCGAACCAAGCCCUAGCUCUAAGAGCACUGCCCUUCUUUCUUCACCUCUUCAUGUUUAUUUUGGGUGGAUUCUGUCCUUGUGCAAUAGAAUGUACAGGAUGUGAAGGUCACCUUUCAGCUCAGUCAAAUGCUGUUUUCAUCUUUUUUUUUUUAAAUCAGAAAACGUACUCAAGAUCUGUUCAAAUGUUGCAUUUUGAUUUUCUUUGUCCUUGCCUUGAUGUUCCCAGUAUUAAAACAAGAAUAUUGUUGCUGCUGCUGUUCAGUGUGCUUGGACAAACCUGGAGAUGUCACCCAGCUCACAUCACACUGAGCUUCCUAUGCCUUUAUCAAAAGUUCAUUGAAGAGACCAGACCUCUUAGAGUGUGUUCAUAAACUCAAAUUCCAAUUAUCAAUUACAGGCCUCAGUGAAUAUCAAACCUACCCUGUUUAUCUACCAGGUAAAAUCAAAUCUUAGUUUGGAUGAAAUGUAUAUAUUUAAUGGAAGAAUACUAAGAGUACUCUUCUAAUACUCUUCAGACAUUCUUCUAGUAGAUUAAAGGCAAAUUAGAAUUUAAAGACAGGCUCCCCUCAGUUAUUUGCUCAGGGUCCUAAGAAACACCCAUUAGUGGAACGAUAAUUUCCUGAUUUUUAAUCCACAUACUACUGUUUUCUUAAUUUUAUUAUUUUUAAAUCCUUACCUAAGGAUACAGUUAUUGAUUUUUUUAAAGAUUUUAUUUAUUUAUUUAUUUAUUUAUUUAUUUUUUAAGAGAGGGAAGGAAGGGAGAUAGAGAGAGAGAGAGAGAAACAUCAAUGUGCGGUUGCUGGGGGUUAUGGCCUGCAACCCAGGAAUGUACCCUGGCUGGGAAUCAAACCUGGGACACUUUGGUUCCCAGCCCACGCUCAAUCCACUGAGCUACGCCAGCCAGGGCUUAGGAUACAUUUAUUGAUUUUUAGAAACAGGAAGGGAGAGGAGUGAAGAGAGAGGAAAAAACAUGGAUGUGAGAGAGAAACAUCAAUCGUCUCCUGGACACACCUCAACUGGGAAUCGAACCUACAACCCAGGUAUAUGCAUGCAAUGACUGAUAAUGGAACUUACAGCCUCUUGGUGUAUGGGACAAUGCUCCAGCCAACUGAGCCCCCUGGCCAGGGCUGUUUCGUUGACUUUAAAAUGCAAGUAACUAAGAGAGUUAAUAGUCUUUGGUAGAAGGGUGCUGAAUGACUAUGAUAAUUUUUUUCUAGUUCAAGUGUUACAGGUUGCACUGUGGAGCAGCCCUUGAACACACUGUUUAAGACAUCCUUUGAGGCAGCUCCAGUGCCUUGACUUCAGUCCCAGUUUUCUGUGGCAGCAUCCCUGUUGUCUUAGCAACACAGCAAACCAUUCUGAAGCCGAGCCAUAGGAAAAUGGGAAUUAAAAAAUUAUCAUCUUUGUAUCACCUUGUGGCACCCGAAGUCUACUUUAUUCAUUUAUCUUAAUCCAAUAAUCUGUGGUUAAUUGAUUACAGAGACUAGCUAAAAAGAGCACAUGGACAUAUACCAAGUGUUGGAAAAGGGAAAAUAACUAUGUAUAGAUCUGAGCUUUCAUUUAUAUUAACAAAAUGCCUAUAUUUAGGCCCAAAGAAUAUACAUUCUAUAGUGUUUUCACAGCCCAAUGAAUUAUAACUGAUUGUGACUGUUUUCUGUAGGCUGGGUUUUGGAAAAGAGGAGAAGCCCACUGAAUUCAUGAGGUCACAUGUAGUUAAAUUACAGCCAGUUAAAUUUGAGACUAUUCAUAUUGUCUGAUUAAAGAUAAAAUCGAAAGGAAUAAGGGGAGGGCAUUUUAAAGAUCAUAAAAGGGAAAGAAGCUUAACUUAAUAUUUUAAUUCUCUUUUUUGUAUGUGAGGAGAUAUUUUAAUUCUCUUUCUUUGGAUAAAUGAGAAAAAAACCUAAGAGCCCAGAAUAUGGUUGCUCACAGAGGACAGUUUCUCCUGCCCUCACGUAACUACCCAGAAGUAGCUGAGAAGUGUAGGGCAGCUGUGUUUCACAAGGUAACCUGGGGUCCCAGGACUCACCUACCUGUUGGUCUCUCACUCCCAAGGGUAAUAAUGGUCAAAGCUGGCUCAGAGGAGCACAUCCACAGUGCAGCCUAUAAAAAGAGAGGAAGUUGGGAGCAAUCUAUUUCCUUUUAACGAAGUUUUAGCCAUCACUUCUGCUCAGUCCAUAACUACUUACUACAUAGCUAUACCCAGCUUCAAGGAAAGCUGAGACAUGUCCAGCUGGAAGGAUAUAUGUCCUCCUAAAACUCCAGGGUAAAGUUUCUAUUACUAAAAUGAAAAAGGUGAGAGUGAAGACUCAACUAAAAGAAAGGAAUGAUAUAUAGCCAUCCAUGGCCCAUGCCAUGAGGAGACUGAACAAGGCUAACAAAGGUCCCUUGCCGUCUGCUGUCUGGGAGAAGCUCUCUUGCCCGUUGCCCUCUGUGGCCCAUGGUUCGACUUUUCAGACAUGCUUGCUCGUCAGACUCACAGCCACAUCCGAAUCUUGGAGGAACGGAGGAGGGUUAGGGUUAGCUUCCAGCUUCCCAGCUUUCACAGGCCCUUGAUGCUGGUGCAGACUUGUAGACCUAGCUUUCCUUAGGAAUCGAACAAACAUAGGCUUCUGUAGGACGGAAUUAUAAUUCAUUGGGCUGUGAUGAAGAUGCCGACUCCAUUUUGAUGUUUGCUAAGAGUUUUCAAGUUUCAUCAUUCCCCUUUCCUUUCCCCUCAUCUCACCUGGGCAAGCUCGUUAUACAGCCUAGGCGCCUCCCUCUUUGGCCCAGGUGGGAAGUUCAGGGUGCACAUGCUCUGGCCUGUGUGCAGGAACCCUCCCCCCAGCCUCACACCCUGAGGACCACAAAAGACAAGCCAGUCAAGUCAUUUGGGAAUCUGCCUGGGGACUUGCCCUGCUCUCCCCAGAAAGUCUCAUUAUGUGAAUAAUAAACGUUUUCAUACCCUCU